AAAAUCCCAACUUUCUUGUUUGAACCCAUUACGAAACUUCUACUAUAAGCCAAGCGGAUUCUAAGCCAAAACCCUUCCCCACCCCAAUUUAAACUCCACAUUAUACAUAUCCAUCCAUCUUCUUUUGUUUUUCCCUUUUAUAUUAUUCACAAAUUCUACAAUCAUCGAAAAGAGUAAAAAAAUUAGGGUUUUGAUCUCACAAUACCAGUCCCCAACUUCCUCCAAAUGACUACCCUCUCACACAUCGACAACAUUGCUUCGAUUACCGCCGGAAAGUUCAAACCGGACAAAUCUCCACCGUACAUUAAUCGUCUCCGGUACCACUCCUCUCUCCCAAAGCUCACCCUCUGGUCCUUCCUCUUCCUGGCCUUCAUCUUCCUCUUCUUCUUCUUCUCUCCGCCGUCAUCGCCGCCGCCAACCCCCUCCGCCGCCACUCGCCACACCGUCCGCAACAUUUCCUGGGGCGGCGCGGUCUGGGAGCGGCGCGUUCGCUCCUCGGCUCGCGUUCGCUCCCGGGCUGGCCUCUCCGUUCUUGUCACUGGCGCGGCUGGCUUCGUCGGCUCGCACGUCUCCAUCGCGCUCAAGCGGCGCGGCGAUGGAGUUCUAGGGCUUGACAAUUUCAACUCUUAUUACGAUACUGGCCUCAAGAUGUCCCGCAAAGUGUUGCUUGAUCGAGUCGGAGUGUUCGUUGUCGAUGGCGACAUUAACGAUGCAGAUCUUCUUCGCAAGCUCUUCGAUGUCGUGCCUUUUACUCACGUAAUGCAUCUCGCAGCUCAGGCUGGUGUCAGAUACGCAAUGCAAAACCCUAGUUCGUAUAUUCGCAGCAACGUUGCUGGGUUUGUGAAUCUUCUUGAAGUUUGUAAAUCUGUGAAUCCACAACCUUCGAUUGUAUGGGCUUCUUCGAGUUCGGUUUAUGGACUCAAUUCGAAAGUACCCUUUUCUGAAAAAGACCGCACGGACCGCCCUGCGAGUCUCUACGCCGCCACCAAGAAGGCAGGCGAAGCAAUUGCUCAUACUUAUAAUCAUAUUCAUGGUUUAUCGCUUACUGGGUUGAGGUUUUUCACUGUUUACGGGCCUUGGGGUAGGCCCGAUAUGGCGUAUUUCUUCUUCACAAGAGAUAUUCUCAAAGGGAAGCAAAUUACUAUAUUUGAAGGUCCUGAUCACACUACUGUUGCAAGAGAUUUCACCUACAUUGAUGACAUAGUUAGGGGUUGUUUGUCAGCUUUGGAUACUGCGAAAAAGAGUACCGGUAGUGGUGGGAAGAAGAAAGGUGCGGCACAAUUCCGGAUUUUCAAUUUGGGGAACACUUCGCCCAUCCCCGUGGGGAAGCUUGUGAGUAUAUUGGAGAAGCUUUUGAAGGUGAAAGCUAAAAAAAAGGUGUUGCCUUUGCCGAGCAAUGGAGAUGUGCAAUUCACACAUGCGAAUAUAAGCUUGGCUCGUAAGGAGCUUGGGUAUAAGCCUAGCAUUGAUUUGGAGACAGGUUUGAAGAAGUUUGUUAAGUGGUAUCUCACUUACUAUGAUCCUAAGAAGAAGAAUGCUUGGUGAAUCUGAUUUAUCAGGUUCUGCAACAAUCUUUUGAAUUCUGUUUCGUUUUGGUUGAUCUUGAUGUUGCCAAUUUCAGUGAUCAAUGCCAAUUUCAAGUUCUCUUCUUCCCCAUGAAACAGUAGUACAUGGAGGACUUAUGGGUAGUGUUGUUGAUUGCCCUGCAUUCGUUUUUUGCAGGGCAUUCCUCUGUACGAACUCAGUAGGAGAAGCCCUUCAUUGCUUUACUGCAUAUUGUUUUGUUAAGGGUCUCAUUUGUAGCUUAGGAAUUGUACAGGCCAUGACUGAUAGAUGGCAAACAUGUCUGAUUGGUGCACACUUUUCAUUAUCUUUAGGGGAUCUAAAUAAAGUAUCAUUUGCUAUAUUCGGCCUUUCAUA